AUGGCAGGAUCUACGCUUCCCGAGAGGGUAGCUCAAAUUUAUUAUUCAUAUGGAUUAUUUUGUUCGUCGUACCCAAUAACUGCAAUCACGCUCGCACUCUCCAUCGUACUGUUAUGCUGUUAUCCUCUUCUGAAUGUUCCACUACCAGGAAAUGUACCUACAGCGAUCAAUUUUCCACUUAACAGUGACCAUCUUAGACAAUCAACAGAUCCUGGAUGUGCAGAUAAUAAAUGUACAUCGACACCUACUUCUCAGUUGGACCUUCUAUUCAAUGAAACGCAAAGACUUCCAUAUAUUUGGGCAAAAGACAAACCGCUACUGUAUGUUCAACAAAUCAUUUUAAAAAUUGGCGUAUCACCAUGGAAUUCGAAUUUGAAAAUGUGGGACGCGUUCCGGGCUCCAAUCCAAGAAGUGUUCCGGUUGUUAGAAACCAUCAGAAAUCACGAAGAUCCAGAUUUAAAACAAACUCUACAACAGAACUGCUAUCAAAUCGGAGCUAUCAAACGACGCGAGAGCAAAGCCAGCAUCGAACGUGUCCUACCGGAAUACAGUUGUCUCCUUCUGUCACCAGCGAAUUUGUGGCAACAAAACCUUCAAACGUUUUCACUCGACACUAACAUAGUCAACACCGUUUACAACUAUCAGAACUUGCAAAAAGGGAAAGUUUCAAUAGCGGAAAUGGCGUUCGGCAUGCAAAUGCGGGACACCGGAAUAAAGCGGUAUCCGUUGCGGGCCCGACCUCGUGUACUGCAAUACGCUGUCACAAUUUUCUACGACAACCCCGAAGACAGAUUUAUUCAAUCACUCACCAAGAAACUCCAAGAUAUGUACCCCCUAUAUCAAGACAAGUCGCACGUCAAUGUUGACGAAGUGACUCUCGUCUAUUAUCCGGGACAGUUCAAUUACCGGGAACUCGUCCCAUUGACAAUAACGUUUGUCGGUUUAUUUCUCUACGUAUAUUUUUCUGUAAGGAAGAUCGAGUACAUAAGAUCUAAAUUAGGACUCGCGGCCUGCGCCGUCGUGACGAUAGCCGGGAGUUUAAGUAUGUCGAUGGGGAUUUGUUUUUACUUCGGCUUCUCGUUGAGUCACCAGGGAAAAGAAAUAUUUCCGUAUCUCAUCAUCAUCGUUGGCUUGGAAAACGUAUUAGUGUUGACCAAGAGCGUAACUUCGACCGACUCGAGGCUGGAUGUCAAGAUACGAUUGGCGCAGGGACUCAGCAGGGAGGGAUGGUCGAUCACCAAAAACUUACUAACCGAAAUCACUAUAUUCACAGUCAGUUUCUUUACUUUCGUACCGUUCAUACAGGAAUUCUCCAUAUUCAUGAUAGUCAGUCUGUUGUCCGAUUAUUUUAUACAAAUUUUGUUUUUCGCUACCGUUCUCGGUAUCGACGUGCGUCACAUCGAGUACCUCCAAGACAAAAAUAAUAAAUUGCACUUAAAAGAGUAUUUUAGUAUGCACAACGCGCUCAACUGGCGUUACAAUAAAAGUUACACUGACGAGUUUAACUUUUCGCCGCAACCGAUGACGAAAUCGAAGUCCCAUCCGAGACUAAUCGGAUUGGCCCAGAACAGCCCCACGGACGUGGUCGCCAACCGGAACUCUAGUCCGGGCCAUCAGGACAAUCGCGUGCCGAAACGCAUCAAGCUUGUGAACAUGUGGGCGAGGACUAGGUUUUUUCAACGGGCCUUCAUGCUGUGGAUGCUCGUGUGGAUAUCCACGAUCGUCUACGAUUCCGGUGUCGUCGACUAUUUCAUUGGGAGCGCGGAAAAAUUAGAAAACGUCGAGACGAACAAAAAUUACGUCGAUAAAAGGGAAUCUACAAAGGAAUCAAUGUACGAGAUGUUUUAUAAUAGUACAGAUCGAAAUACUGUGGUGUUCCCGCCCAUGUUUGAUAUGGCCGACUCGGAUAAAGCACUCGACACAAACGACACUAUAAUGUUGAAGCAUUCUCCGCAUUCGCGGCCGUGGUCUAGGCUUUCUGACUACCAUUGGUCAACUAUACUAUCCAACUACAAUGAAUCGACAGCGGGUCGUUACGUUGUAAUGCUACCACCAACGCUACUGAGUCAUCGCGUAAGUCCCGAACUUGCUGUGGGGGUUCGGAAUCCGGACGAGAAGGAUCCACCACCGCUGAGAUGGCAAGCAUUAGCUGCAGCGCUUGAUCCCAUUGACAUAUUACCCGAUUUCGACGUUGUCGACGGGAAAGGCUCCCCGCUCCAAUGGGGCAAGGGGUCAGAACUGCCUAUAUACCCUACAACACCAAUGGAAAUUCUUCUGCUCGCCAUACUGUGCUCCAUAAGCGUCGCCGUCAUCGCCUACAUGAUGGUCGUUUUGUACAGGUGUAUUUGUUCACGGCAUUAUGCGGAAUGGAGGGCGUCUUGGAACGAUAACGAGGAAUACCGGAGGAUCAUAGCCAAGCAACCGGCCAUUCAGUUGGUAAUGGAAGCAGUGCCUUUGGUCGUAGCCGGCCAUAGCCAGGAAGUGGAGUGCCUGGUGACCGAUGGUGAGAAGAUAGUUAGUUCUUGCCUCCAAGGCAAUAUAAAAGUAUGGGACUCGCAGAACGGAGAAAUCAUCACAAACAUUGAUAGAGAAGCUUUCUUCAACCUACAGAAUCUAUUACACAGUAAAGCUAAAUCAAAAAGGUGCAGUUAUCACGGUGACCUACGUGAUAAUGAAGAUGCCUACGAAGUAGUUCCAACAUCGAAAAAUAACGAGCCUGUUCCUCAUUUGCGAAAAGGUUUGAGUUCGUAUUUAAGUGGAUUGCGAUUUCGUCCCGCAUCGAGCGAGCGUGUGCCGAAUCUUUCCGUAGCGGACACCACUAAGUAUGAAUUCGCGAAAAGUUACAGAUCUAUAUACUACACAAACGAAAAUGACGACGUUUAUAAUUGUAACGAAUGCAAAGAAAACAUUGACAUAAACAAUUUAAACAUAUCCAAAACUAACAAAAGUACUAACAGUAUUCAAGAAGAUGACUUAAGUAAAGAUAUAUUAGAGAAUAUGGAAGCUAGCAAUAAUCUAAGAAAUAGAAGUAAGAAUAAAACGUAUAAUGAGGAGCGACCGAGAACUAAGCAAGCAAGCGGUUCAGCUGCUACCAGUACCUUGGAUUGGCAAGGGAAACCGAUUCUAGAAUCUCCUGUCUGGUGUAUGGACUUUAGCAAUGAUCUCAUCAUAUUAGGCUGUGCGGAUGGCAGACUUGAGUUCUGGGAAGCGAGCACGGGACGACUUAUGUGCGUGUGCGGGGGCGGCGAGGGCGUGACGCACGUGCGGGCGCUGGCGGGCGCGGCGCGGGUGUGUGCGGCCUCGCUUUCCGGGCACCUCACUCUGAUGCGCCUCGACGCCUACAACAGUGCGUCGGGCGCCCAUGUCGACUGGGGCUUCAGCACCGCGCACAGACGAACGCACAAGCGGAACGGUUCGACUGGCUCGUUGCAGACGAGCUUCGGCGUGAACGACGAAAGCUCCCGAUACAGAACUAAUUUCACCUACAAAAGCGAUCCUAAUGACGGAGAAGAAGUGGUGUGCGUUCGAAUAGCGCAGUGCAGGCCUCAUCAGCAGCCUGUUACUGAGAUGCACUCGGAAGGCGGUCGCAUCUUAACCGGAGGUCAGGAUCACGUGGUCAAGGUGUUCUCUAGCGCGGAAUUAACGCCUCUCUUUACACUGCACGGACACUGCGGACCUAUAACCAGUUGCUUCAUCGAUCACGCGACUCCAACGAUAGCUGGGAGCGGAUCGCAGGACGGCCUCCUCUGCGUGUGGGACCUGCAUACUGGCGCGUGCCUGUACAGUAUGCAGGCUCACGACGGCGCAGUGACGUCACUGGCGUACACCGCCUCGUACGUUGUGUCGGCGGGCGCUGACGAACGACUCUGCAUAUGGGAUCGCUUUCAAGGGCAUAUGCUCAACUCCAUACACGUGGGGCUCAAUUAUAUGAGUCGUAUGCUGCCCUUAACUCACACGCUGCUCGUGAUGGGCGACAGAAGCGGCAUCACCGUCUACGACCUGAGCAGCGGUGACGUCAUAAGACGAGUUUUACUCGGUCAAAGCGACGGGUGUAUUUUCGUAAGACAAAUAUUGCCUCUGAAAGACGCUAUUGUGUGCGAUUACGCGAAUCAAUUGAGGAUAGUGCGCUUCCCUCUCGUCUCUCGGCUCGAUUUAAAGAGCGACUAAACAUUAUGUAUCAUAAACGAAUAGCCUUCCGCAGUGUCUUAUUUUAUUGACGUAGCCUUUGUUAGGUAACACAUAAAUGGCCUUAACGUCGUGCAUGAGGGCCAUAUUGAGCACCGCCAGUAGUCCUGGUAAUGUUGAAGAAUGCUAAUCGUAAUAUUAUAUUUUAACUGUAAUACUUUUUGCGAAGCGCGCAAUGUAACGUAAUUGAAAAUGAGCUGACGGGCGAGGUCGUCGACCUUGGGGUGAGGGACGCGCGCCGCCUUCGUUUCAGAUACCGCCUUCGACUUCGAAAUAUUAUCGGCAUACAAACGAAUGAUUUCACUUUAGAAUAAUUUUCAACUUAUAAUGGUUUCUAAGAGAUAUUUUUUUAAAACGGUGGGUAUAAAUAUCCCAGGAUUAUUCAAACAAAAAUACGUCUGCACUUAUGUGCGCACGUAAAAGUUACUACACACAUCUUUGGCGUAUAAUAUAAAUUAUUUUCUAACUCAACAGAUAUCAACAAAAAAUAUUAACGUUUACCUACUCAUAAAUUAUACAUACAUAAAUACAUCUCACAUCUGGAUACACAAUUUUUAUAACCGUAAUAAAUUAUGUGUUACACGCUGAAAAAAUAGACUCGGCUGUUUUCCAAAACACGCCACAAGAAUUAUAACCUCAAAAACUAUAGAUCAGUAUAAAAUAUUUUUUUCUGUCUAGGGUGCAAAAUUUUGACUGCGGAAACAGUUCCCUUACAGCCAGUUGUUUUAAAUUUAAAUUAAUUACCAUAAAUCUCAUUAUAACAACGAUUUUACAUGAAUCCAUGAGGCUUAGAGCGGCCCAAUUACAUACGUAAACAAUAGUGUAUACAGUGUUAAUGGAAAAAAGUUAUCCGAUUUAACAUAUUUGUAACUUAAUAAUAUAACAAUAGAAAAUUCGAUUAUGCACGCAUUAAAUUUAAAAUAAAUUAGUUCACCUUUAUGAGAGCUGAUCCUGUGGAAGUUUUUAAUUUUAAACUACAACAAAGCAAACUUUUGUAUUGGAGCAUUGUCAACGUACAAACAUCUUUAUUAAAUUGAAAUAAAUCUAGAUUAUUAAAUAGAUGAUAGCCUUAAUCGCUCAUAGUAUUGUUAUUAUUAAAUAUUUACAGUAGUAUUUACAUAUUAUGUUGAAACGAGAUUUUGGUUAGUUUAAAUUAAUUCGAUUAUUUAUUAUUUUAGUGUAAUAAUAAUGAGUUUAGUAAGGUUUUCGCUAACAAUAAAACGGACCAAUUUUACUGUGUGAACACGUCUAAAGUAAUUAAAUUCAUUUAUAAUAAAAUAAGUAGCCGGAACGGUGCAGCAGUGCGGUGUUAUGCACAUCAGAUCAAGGGGUAUUUGGGUUAAGUAAGAUUUCUCGCGACAUUUCGUUUAAACGCGACGUUUAGCUUAGUACGCGACACUUCGCUUGAUACGCGACAUUUCGCUUAAUACGCGAUAUUUCACUUAAUACCCGAUAUUUCGCUUAAUACGCGACAUUUCAUUUAAUGCGCGACAUUUCGUUUAA